UUUUUUUUCAAACAUACAAAAGUGAAAGAAAUGCUGCAGGUUCAUCAGUAGAGGUAGUUGUUUUGAGCCAAGCAAAAAAAUGAAGGAAUUAAUAGAUUAUCCUCACUUAUGCAUCAAAGCAAAUGCCCCCAACUUUUACCUGAUUUUCAUGAUGUGAGAUGUCAGGGCAACAGGUCUAUAGUCAUUGAGGACUGAUGGGUGAGUUUUCUUUGGUACCGGAACAAGACAGGAGGUCUUCCACAACGCUAGAACUUUCUUCUGGGCCAGGCUAAGGUUGAAGAGAUGCUGCAGAAUCCCACAGAACUGCUCUGCACAGGCCUUCAAGACUCUAGGGCUGACAUGAUCUGGACCUGCAGCCUUAUUCCAAUUCAAAUGAGGACCAGAGUCAAAAUAAGUGGAAGUGAAACAAUAGUAUUCAAUUAUACAAAAAAUGUCAACAUUUUCUGAUUAUUUAUCUCUGUAAUUAAUGAAUAAACUUUAUUGCAAUGACAAAAUAAACUGAUACACACUGAUUUUAGUACAUUUGUUCUGCCAAAUGGUAACACGUGUUAAAUGGUGGUUAAAAGGUGAUAUUAGUAUAUCUGUUAGAUAUACUGAGAUGAUUAAUGGGAUUUUUUUAGUUAAACCAUCUUCAGAGGAUGAAAUAAGGAUAGGAAAUAUUUACAAGAACAGGCGUGUAAGGGAUAGAGUGGUGUGGGUCCAAGUUGGAUCUCUAGAAUCGAAAAACUAAACCAAUUCCUCUGCAGAACUGGUUAGGAACUGGUUCAGUAGUAACUGGUGGUAAAGGACUUUUAUAGAAACAUCUGUUGGUCUGUUGAAUUUUAGUGGCCCCAGUGUGAAACAUAUUUGCAGUGUGGAGAACUUCCAGUAAGAGCUGCAAACGUCACUCAGUUUUCCUGGUUUCUUUGUUUUAUCCUCAGUUUGCCAUUUUGUUCUACGGUAGAGGCAUUUUCUCUUCUAAUUAAGAGAAAUUGUAAAUAUUUCUGUUUCAUUUAGUCAGAUUUUACGAUUUGGUGAUUUUUGUCUCUUCUUUUUAUUAUAUUUUGGCCUUUAGUGUCAUUUUAAAGGCUUAACAAUUUGUUAAUUGAUCACACAUGUAGUGAUCAGAUUUAUCUCUGGUUAUGAGACACUGAAACGGGCUGAAACUGGAUGAAUUGCACCUCUGGUGCUAAAUUUUAUAAGAAGCUAAAACAAAUGAUAAAAACUGAUCAGAUAUUUGUUUCUACUGAAAGAAAUAGUUUUCCAAAAAAAUCACAAGACUGAGCAUUGAUCUUAAUUUUGAUGGAGGUUUUACUUCUCGUUAAAUGUUUUUUUCUGUAAAGUUUGUUUCAGUACAAGCCUGAUGUUGAUUGAUGAUGGUUGUUCUCUGUUGCCCAGACUGGCUGGACUGCAUCACCUUCUUUACCUCAGUAGUAGAUAUUAUGGGAUAUUAUGAGGGUCCAGUUUUACUGAACAGAAGCAGUCGUAUGUGUUUGUUUUUCUUUUCUUUGCAUGCAGACAUGCAUCUCUGUUAUUUCAGGCAGGAUAGCAGCUUAAAGACUUGAUUCUGAAGCUGUGAGGAUUCAGAAUGCUUCAGAAAUUCAGCAGCAUGUUCUUCUGGAUCUGGUUUAACAAACAACUGUGACGUUUCAAGCCGUUACAGGGAGUAUAAUAUGUUAAAUAUAGUUUAGUUUUUGUUUUUUAUUUAGUUGGACAAUAAAAGACGGAUCUCCAAAGAGAACCUCAUACUCUGUAUCUGAGUGGUCUUUGCCAGGUGGACCCUAGAGGUGCCCUGGUCAGCAGUGUGAAUCAGACCUCUUAUCAGGUGUUUCAUUAAAAAAUUAUAUUUGUCAUCAUGGGGAAAAGUUUUCUUCUCAUUCAGAAAGAGAUUUCAUUAUUUUUCGUGUCCAAAAUGAGAGAUUUAGUUUUUAUGUAUUAGUUUUCUCCAUCAUUACUGGCCAAGGCUUUUUAAGUUUGAUAAAUCUUUUUGUUUUGUUUGUUUUUUACUGUAGUGGACGUUAAAUGAAAUAGAACAGCAAGCAUUGGACAUGUUUAGCUCCUCCGUUCCUGCAGGGGGAGCUACUCCUUUCUGUGAUCAUCGAUGACCCGGACAGAUCAACUCCAUCCCGAUUAUUUUCCUUCCUGCAGGCCCUUAGCCGGAGCUUUGUACCGGGAUGUCUCUGACGCUGUCCCCUCAGAGCUGCGGGCUCCGGUCGCUGGCCGACUCUGUGUCGGAGCUACUCUCUACAGUCGGUGAGGAUAUCCUGGGUGCGCUGGAGAAGCGGGCCGUUGAAUCAAGGUCGUUCGGAGGUUUGGACCGCUUGGUGCAGUUGCUGCGGCCGCUUUUCACGGACGGGAUGGCAGCAGCUGUGCAGCGGAUUGUCGUGCUACUGGAGCGGGAGGUGGAGGUGUACCGGCGGCAGCUAGAGCGGCAAAGCCGGCUGCUGGAGGCCGUACUGAGCCCGGUGGUCCGGCUGAAGCGGAUAGGCUCCAUCAGCUGCUCAGCCAUCAAGACGACCACAAAUGAUGAAAGCCUCUCUUUGCUGUCAGUUCCAGGAAGUUCUGCCUCCUCAGACAUUUCUGCCGCUGAGAGUGAUGAAGAAUGGACUGGCAUUAAAAACCCCUCUGAGGAGAAAGAGAAAAACGCAGCAGAUGAAGGAGGCCAGGCUGCCUCUUCAGAUAAACCCGCAUUUAAUCGCUGUGUAAUCUGUGGGAAAACUUUCCGUCACAAAGGAAAUCUUGUGAGACAUGUAAAAACACAUGCAGACUCUCCAGAUAAUCUCUGUGGAGUCUGUGGAAAACGCCUCGAAGCUUCAGAAGUCUUACCAGACCACCUCGGCUCUCACAGGGAAACCGUUUGCACAAGCAGGACCUGCAAGGUCUGCGGGAAGACGUUUCAGAACAUGAAGACGCACAUACGGAGUCACACUGGGGUCAAACCUUAUAGCUGUGACGUCUGCAGCAAGAGUUUCCCACGAGCCGCAGCACUUAAGAGGCAUAAGCAGAUCCACAGCAAGAGAAAGCCCAGCACCUGUGAGAUCUGUGGAAUUACAUUCUCUGAGAACCAGCUACUCCCGGAGCACCUGAAGACACAUAAAGAUCAGAGCGAAGGGGAUGAUCUAAGAGAGGACAAUAAUUCAGAGACCUUUAAACAGAAAGUAAACACAGACGGGAACUCUGCUUUGCUCUGCUGCCGAGUCUGCGGAGAUUCCUUUUACAGCCGAGGCUUCUUAAGAAAACACGCAGAGACACAUAGCAGCGACUCUAAAUGUGUGUGUGGAGUUUGUGGGAAGCAGCUGGAUUCACCAGACAGCCUACAGACUCACCUGCAGUCUCACAAGGAGACCGGUGGGACCUGCAGCAUCUGUGGCAAGAGUUUUCAGAACAUGGAAACGCACAUGCGGAUCCACACAGGGUUCAAGCCAUUCCGUUGCCCCGCCUGCAGCAAAUGCUUCCCCAGAGCUGGAGCUCUGAGGCGACACAGGAAGACCCACAGCGCCAAGCAUCCACAGGUUCAUGGGAGAGAAAACACAGAGUCUCAAGAGGACGUCCAGAGCGUCAAUCCAGAGGGUCAAAACACCAAGGUGUCAGGUUAUCCAUCAUCGAGCUGCAAAGUUUGCGGGGAGAUUUUUCAGAAUAAAGGUAAUCUAAGGAAGCAUGCCAAGAGCCACUCUUCAGAGUCUGUCUGUGGAGUCUGUGGUGAGAGUCUGCUGCUGACUGAGACAUUGGCCGACCACCUGCAGAGCCACAGGGAAGAAGGGAAGGUUUGCCACAUCUGUGGCAACACCUUCCAGAACAUUGAGACCCACAUGCGAAGCCACACGGGCAUCAAACCAUACCCCUGCAGCAUCUGCGGGAAAUCCUUCCCACGACCCGGCGCUCUGCGGCGACACAAGAGGAUCCACAGUGGGGAGCGGCCGUACAUCUGCGAGUUCUGCGGGAAGACAUUUACCGAGAGCACCUCUCUGACGGCCCACGUCAGGAACCACACCACUGACCGGCCUGUCAGCCGUGUCUCCUGUGAGACUUGCGGCAAGAGUCUCGUCUCUGUCCAAGUCCUGGAAGUUCACAGGAGGAUUCACACGGGCCAGAAGCCGUUCUCCUGUCGCAUCUGUGGGAAAGCCUUCAGGCAGGUUGGGGGGCUGAAUGCCCACAUGCUGACACACACCGGGGAGAAACCGUUCAGCUGCAGCCUCUGCAGCAAAAGCUUCAGCACCAAAGGAUACCUGGAGACCCACAUCCGCUUCCACAAGAAGGAGCGGGCCUUCGGGUGCCACCUGUGUUGGAAGGCCUUCGUCACCAAGAACGACUUGAAGAAACACCUGCUGACCCACACCGGAGAGAAGCCCUACAGCUGCCAGGUCUGCGGGAAAAGUUACCAGGAGAAACGCUCCCGGGAUGUCCACAUGAAGGUGCACCAGUUGGUCCACGAAAGCAGGGAGCCAAUCAGAAGGCAGGAGGGUCUUCAGCCAAGCUUCAUCCAGCUGUAGAGAACCAGUUCAGUUCAAACUGGUUUUAUAAACUGGUGAACAGGAAUCAUGUGAGAGACAAAGGGAAUUAACCAAAAAGAAUGAGUGAACCGGAGAACUAGGCUACCAAGUAAGGCACAAUUUUAACCUGUUUAGGACUAUUUUCAGAUUAUUGCAUUAACAUUUUACAGAAAAAGGAAAAACGCAUUAAUUAUUGAGAGUUUUAAGCCGAAAGAAACAGAAAUAAAAUGAAAAAUUAAACUUUACCUAAUUUAUUGAAAACUUUUCUUAGUAGUUUUCCUGGAAUUUUGUGAUAAACGUUUAACAUCUUUACCAUCAAUUAUGUUUUUCCUGAAUUUAACCUUUUAUUGAGUUUAACUUUUGUUUUUGCUUUCUCAGAAAUGUCAUAAGCAUUGUCAACAGUUAUUUGAUUCAUUUAUAUAGUCCUUAUUUAUAAAGACAUUCUGUAAUGUAGAUGUUUUUACCCAAAAGAGAACAUUGUAAAUAAGGUCAGACAAUUUUUAUUGUUCUAUGUUGAUGUAUUUUAUGUUUCACUGAUACAAUGUAACAAAAAGUGACAAGAAAACAAACCAUGUGAAAAAUAUUCAUUUGCUGUGACGACUGUUUUUGGCGUCUGUAAAGACUGAAAUAAUUAUGAAA